AUGACUGUCAGCAGCACGGACCAGAUGGAGGAGCUCAUGGGGAUCGCCACCGCCUUUUUGCGGGAUAUGAAGGAUGAAAAGCAAGAGGAAACGAUGAAGGUCGGGGAGGAAUGGGCGGGCGAGGUAUUGAAAAAGCUACAAAAACAUGGUUGUUGUGGCGGCAAGGCCGAAGCUGGGGCCGCAAAUAUGCCUGUUGGGGACUCUGCGGUGGGGAUCACAUACUGGGUGGGUCAGAAGGCUCUCCCAAGUUUGACGGAGGAGGAGGUUGCCUUGGCGGUGCAUCGUUUGUCGCAGGAGGAGCGUAGGAAACUUGCAGAGGAAUUUGAUGCUUUGCAGGAGGAAAGAUUUGAGCUGCUGUGUGAGAGUGAGGCAGACUUGGCGCAUGUAGAAGAAACAGCAGCCGAGCGGAAAACAGAAAGCCCUGACGGAAGCGGCGAAAGACGCGAUGAAGACGACUACAUCGUAAUGACAUCUAAUAAAAGUGACGGUAGAAGCAUGUUCUUUGGAGGAACUCUGCUGGAGUUGAGUUAUGACAACGACGCCUGGCCGUUAAGCACACAGCGUGAGGUGUGUGCCAUGACAAUGGAUAACCACGACAUGAGCCCACAACAUAUGCCCAGGUUUGAUACACCCACCAUGGACGGUCCGGAUACUGUUGCUGUUUCCACUUUUGCUGCUUCUGCUUCUGCUUCUGCUGCUAAGCUGAGGCCUGUGCCUUCGUGUGCCAUCUCCGGGUGCAAUACGCCGUCCUAUAAUACGAAACUAGAAGACUACAUUCGCGAUAGGGUUCGCAUGAUGUUGCUUGCGAACCGUGUGACAAAGGAUGUAGAGGGAGACAUCAUCGGCGCCGUCUUGGGUGCAGCAGAGGAAGUGAUGCAAGAGCGAGAGCGUGGUCUACAGUUGCUCUUGGAGCGACGGACUGAGUCAUUGCGGAAGGCGGUGCAGGUGGCGCAGAUGCUGCAGGUACUGCAUCGUCAGGCGAUUGGUGAGUACGUGAAAGAUCCCUACCUCAUGCAGACGUGGCAACGCAACGAGGCGGCUCAAGUGUGCCAAAGGUGCCAACGCCGCUUUAACCUGUUUGUUAUGCGACACCACUGCCGUCGGUGUGGCCUCAUUUUUUGCCAACGUUGCUCUUCGUACGCUGGAAUACUGCCUGACAGGAAGGCAGAGCAGUACGUGGCCUCGAGCUGGCUGCGCCUGUGCCAGGACUGCUAUGAGAUCUGCUGCGAAUAUCAAAAACGUCUGAUUACCACUCUUCCUCCUCCGCGGGGGCGUUGCGAGCGGGAGAGUCGUGCCCCAGAAACUCCCUUCUCCAUUUUGUUUUCUAAUCAUUCAAACUUCAACGGGGUCCUCGAGGACAAGCUACCACCCUUCUAUGUUGUACUUCCUGAAGAGUGGUACACCGUGAAGGCGGCAACAGCAUCAGGGUGGCUGAACUCCUUCAUGAAGGUUCCGUAUUUACUCAGUGAGAACUUCCACGACGGGCUCAGCUUCCUCUCUCAGUUGACGGCACCGGGAAUGCGGCGUCUACUGUCCACCACAACCGACACCAUAAAGCGCCUUAAAGAAUAA